AUGGCUUACUCUUAUCUCGACAUCAUCAGUGUUGCCGACGCAUUUCCAUACUUCGCCAACACCCCGAACGACCGACCUGAAGGACUCAAUCAUUAUGUUCACUUCCGCACUACUUCACUCCCAGACAUCACGCUUGGCUACAUGACUCCCUCAGUAGCUCUGGCAUUUGAUGGCCUAUCAGAGUGGGCCUUGGAUCAGGAUAGCAUCCCACGGACACUCACACUAGUUGGUGGUCACGACGAGCCUACACGAACAGCCAUCAUAGAAAAGACGAUGAUCCGGAUGCGAGACACAAACAAAUUCGAGGCGCUUAAGAACUGGCGAGAUGAAUUAUUUCCAGUGUAUGGACUGGAUAAGGAGUUGCUUUUCAGCAUCGAUCGUAGCGCCAGCCCCCUCUUUGGAGUCGUCACAUACGGUGUUAACAUGAUCGUCUUUCGUUGGAGCUCUGGCAGAGAUCAGGAGGGCGUAAUGGAAGUUUGGGUGCCGCGACGUUCUAGUGAUCGAGCGAAGUUUCCGGGCAUGCUUGACACUUCAGUUGGUGGAGGACUGACCACUGGGGAAACACCAUGGUCUUGCCUACUACGAGAGAGUAUGGAGGAAGCAUCCUUAGGAGAAGAGAUCAUGAGGAAUGCUAAGGACGCUGGCAGUGUGACAUAUUUCUACGUUUCGGGCGAGGGGUCGGGAGGGGAAGUCGGUUUAGCUCAACCGGAGCGUACCUAUGUAUUUGAUCUGGAUCUGACCGGCUCACUACCAGACACCCUACUUCCGAACGACGACUCGGUAGAGGCUUUUGAAUUGCUCACAGUGGCCGAGGUCAAGCAGGCUUUAUCAGAUAAAAAGUUCAAACCAAACUGCGCUUUGCUGAUGCUGGACUUUCUCAUCCGCCAUGAGCAAAUCCAAGCGGAAGAUGAGCCAGACUACGCGGAAAUCGUCUCUCGGAUGCAUAGGCAUUUGGAGUUUCCUUUGGGUUGA